GCUCUCAGAACACAAGAGAGACAGAGCGAUGUUUGCUAAGCAUAUGUCAUGAAAAACUUGUCACAAAAAAUUACCGUUAAUGCAGUAAAAAUGUGGAAAUUCAGUUAGCUGUCAUCUAAACCCAAGCGGAUGCAGAAACGGCGUGCAGACCGCGAAAGUGCGUAAAAGCUUUAAUUCCCAGCAAACAGUGUUGCGAGUUUAUGAUCAAAAAUCCGUUAUUAAAAUGUUGAUUGAAUGCAUUUCGCGUUGCAUUCCAUAAGCAAAUAGAGCAAGAGAAACGGAACAGAGAACGACAAAGAAAUAAAAGAAUUGAGAAAAAUAAACUUGAAAAGCUUAUUAACCCAAGGGAAAGAACCCACCGAAUAUACGCAGAGAAUCUCAAGAGAGAGAUAGAGGGAGAGGGAGAAAUUUAAGUGACUUUUGCUUGAGACAGCAAAUGAACUUCAAUCCAGAGAGCUUUGUAACGACAGCAGCUGGAACCGUCCAGAACUCUCAUCAUCCUUGCCAUCAGUCAGAGCAACAGCAGCAGCUGCAGCAUCACAAUAUACCACUGCCGCCCAGUUACGGGAUCGAGAUCAGUAUCGGGUCAGGCAGUGGUAGGAGCAGCGGCGGCGGCGGUGGUGGCGGUGGCAGUUCACCUAAAAUCAUGGAAUGGACCAACGACGACGCCUUAGAGUUAAUCGAACAGUAUCGCUGCCAUACGGAACUGUGGAAUCGAGCUGAUCCCAAGUACAAGGACAAACUGUGUCGGUUUCGGGCGUGGUCGGAGAUUGCGGAACGAUUCGGCUGCAGCAAGGCUGAGGUGGAGCGCAAGAUGAACGUGCUGCUAACACAGUACCGGCGCGAGAAGCACAAAAUGUUUGUGAAAAUCUAUCAGGGCAUACAGCCGAAUCCGUCCAAGUGGUAUGCCUUCAAGCGCUUCGAUUUCAUGGAAGCCGGCGGCGGUAGCCUGAGCGGAUUGCCGGCCAGCGCUGCCCUGGGCGGCAGUGGCAGCUCGUCGUCGGCCAGCACAGCGCACAAUGGACUUAAUGGGCUGGCCGCUGCAGCGGUUGCGGCUGCUGCUUACGAGAACAGCACUAUCGCUGCAGCGGCCAACGGUGGAGCCACGGGCCCGAUUGGGUGUGCAACUGGUGCCACAACAACAGCAACUGGAGCAACGAUGCCUGCAUCACAGCACAGACGCAUUAAAACCAAAGAGCUGAAAUAUUUCGGAGCGAUGGGCCUGAAUAUACCUAUGCUGAUAGCAAAUAGUCAAUCGAUGGACAACUGGAAUACGGCGGGUCAAUACUCGCCGCCGAUAGGUGGCGCUGGUGGUGGCGGUGCUGGUGGUACAGGCGUCGUGGUGCCCAGUGCACAGCAACAGCAGCUGCGCGUUUCUCUGCCUAUGCCUUAUGGUGCUGGGGGCGGUGCAAGUGGCGCGCCCUAUGCGGUCGGCGGAGGUGGUGGUGGCGGUGGCGGGGGCGGUGGCAGCAGCAGCAGCGAGUUCCAGCCAAGUCCCCAUAAGACCAUCGAUACGUCCGACAACGAGGAUAACGCCAUGAGGGAUGAGGCGACUGCGUCAGCGCUUGGGCAGCUGGCGGCCAAAGUGGAGCGACGCUCCCCGCCGCUAUCCUCCACAAUGGGCGGUGGCAGCGGCAGCGGCAGCAGGGAUGGCGGCAUCGGCAAUGCCCUGGAUGCUGCCGAGCAUCCGGUCGCCGAUGCGGCACCAAUUGCGUCCGCCCUGAGUGAGGCCGGUUCUAGUCCAAUACCCAACACCAACACCAACAUACACGAGGCGCAUAAGAAUCACUUGCUGAAGUCGAGUCCGGGGUCGGCACGCGCUGCAACGCCUCGGCAUGCGCACGAGCAGCUGCAUCACGGGCAUCACACGCUGCAGCAUCAUACGCUGCGCCAGCAUCAGGAUGAACUGGAUAUUAAGCAGGAGCUCGUUGACUACUUUCAUCCGCCGUCCGUCUCAGCAGCUCCGCCACCGCCUGACUCACAUCGUUCCUAUAGCUCGUCCGGCGAGGAGAGUCGCCUGCACCUGGACAUGGCGCAGGAUCUGCGCGUUGCCCAGGCCAAAGCUCAAGCCAACUUCGGCAACUUUGUGCUGCCGCCGCGCAGCAGCAGCGCCCAACUGGCCGCAGCUGCCGCUGCUGCCUCCAUGCCGCUAAACAUGCGCAAGCUGACGGCCGGCUCCAGUGCCGGCCACAUGCUGAUGAACUCGCUGCUCAGUUCGCGGGCGAGCAUGUCGGAUGGGGAUGACAACGAUGAGGCCACCGAGUCGGCAGCUAGUCCCGGCCACAUCAAGAGCAGCGUCUCGGCGCACGAUGCCAGCUCGACGGCGGCAGCGGCCGCUGCACUAUACUCGGAGAGUCUCAGCCGCGACGAUUGCGACUUCGUGGGCUCCAAUGUGUCGAUGAAGCUGCGCACAAUGGACCGGACGCAACGCAUCAUUGCCGAGAAGCUGAUCAGCGAGGUGCUCUUCUUUGGCCAGUUCAAUGAGCUGGAGCGCACCGCGUGCAUCCAGCCCAAGUGACAGCGACACCUGCAGAGCGAGUGGACGCGCGUGGGCGGCAUAGGCUUAGUGAGGGGCAUGGGCAUUACGACAGAG